UGAUUUGGGAAACGAGGAAGAAAUUUAUUUCUGUGGAAUAAUACUUGUCGUUACCCUACCAGGACUUGUUUUAUGCAAUGUAAGAUCAGACGUGUUUCGGAUAUUCAGAUGAUAUGUUUGUGUGACAUCUCCAGGAUUCCAAGUGUGCCACUCGUUGGGUGGAGGGACGGGGUCGGGGAUGGGUACAUUGCUCAUUUCGAAGAUAAGGGAAGAGUACCCAGACCGGAUGAUGCUGACUUUUUCUGUGUUCCCCUCACCGAAAGUGUCCGACACUGUUGUUGAGCCAUACAAUGCUACACUCUCUGUCCAUCAGCUUGUAGAGAAUGCCGACGAGUGUAUGGUCCUCGAUAAUGAGGCUCUCUAUGAUAUUUGCUUCAGAACUCUGAAGCUCACCACUCCAAGCUUUGGAGACUUGAAUCACCUGAUCUCUGCCACCAUGAGUGGCGUCACUUGCUGCCUUCGGUUCCCUGGUCAGCUUAACUCCGACCUGAGGAAGCUUGCCGUCAACCUGAUCCCCUUCCCUCGUCUACAUUUCUUCAUGGUCGGGUUUGCGCCUCUCACAUCUCGUGGGUCCCAGCAAUACCGAGCCCUCACAGUCCCCGAGCUGACCCAGCAGAUGUGGGAUGCGAAGAACAUGAUGUGUGCAGCCGACCCUCGCCAUGGCAGGUACCUCACGGCCUCAGCCAUGUUCAGAGGCAAGAUGAGCACCAAAGAAGUGGAUGAGCAGAUGAUCAACGUGCAGAACAAGAACUCGUCCUACUUUGUGGAAUGGAUCCCAAACAACGUGAAAUCGACGGUGUGUGACAUCCCGCCGACGGGUCUGAAAAUGGCAUCGACGUUCAUAGGGAACUCAACCUCGAUACAGGAGAUGUUCAGGAGGGUGAGCGAGCAGUUCACGGCUAUGUUCAGGAGGAAGGCGUUCUUGCACUGGUACACGGGAGAAGGAAUGGAUGAGAUGGAGUUCACGGAAGCAGAGAGCAACAUGAACGAUCUGGUUUCUGAGUAUCAGCAGUACCAGGAUGCCACGGCCGACGAUGAGGAAGGUUACGAGUAUGAAGAUGAAGAAGAAGAAGGAGCAGUCCAGGACGGGCAAUAAUGAGAAUCAAAGUUUGGAUUUGGUCUUCUUUUUUUUUUCCUGGUUUGCCUUCAAAAAAGAUAUUGUAGCUUCUGCUAAUCGUGUCUUCUUGGCUUGAGAGUUGAAGUAGUGUGCGUAGCUAGAAACCCCGGUUGGGGUCUCCGUGUUUUCCGGUUUCUGUGUCUUGUUUUGUGGGUGGAGCUGUAGGUCCUUUUUUUAGAGUGUAGGAGAUUGGUCUUUGGUCUUUGGUUGAAUUUCUGUUUCUGUUGUGU